AUGACCACCCACCUCGCCGCCGUCUCUCUCGCCAGAGGUCAGCCCUUCGAGGUCCAAGUUCGUCCAACACCAGAACCAGGGCCAGGCGAGCUCCUCAUUGCGGUCAAAUCUGUAGCUCUCAACCCGGCAGACGGCUUGAUGCGUGAUCAAGGCCUCUUCAUACCCACCUACCCGACUGUCAUCGGCUUCGAUAUCGCAGGGCUAGUCCUUAAAGUUGGAGAAAAUGUUCCCAUCGGUGCUACGGAUGAAAAUCUGGGCCCCGUUUUUAGACCAGGCGUCACUCGAGUCGCCGCCUACGCCGCCUCCUUCUGGAGGUCUUACGGCCCUGACUACGGCGCCUUUCAAGAGCGGUGCCUCGUCCCCUGGCAGCACGCCGUCCCUCUUCCAGAUGAGGGAAUAUCUUGGAAUGAAGCGGCAACCUUGCCUGUGGCCGUUGAGGUGCCACUUAACGCGUGGGAUAUUAUGGGGAUUCCACGGUUGGGAGAAGCUACUGGCAUUUCUUCUUCAGUCGGUCCUGGGACUAGGGAUGAAGCUGGGGGAAACAAUAAACAUAAGACAGAGGCGCUCUUGAUCUGGGGCGCUUCCUCUAGCGUCGGCACGAUGGGUGUACAAACCGCCCGACUACUACGAGACGAUCGCAACGCUCCUUUCGCCGCCGUGUAUGCCACGGCCGGUGCAGCGAAUCAGGAGUACGUAGCCUCCUUGGGCGCUGAUCGCGUCUUCGAUUACAAAGAUCCGCAUGUCGUGGAUGCGAUUGUUUCGGCGGCCAGAGGAGAUGGCCUAGUGAUUCGGCACUGCUUCCGUGCUACGGGACAGCUGGCGCUAUGUCAGGCUGUUCUCAAGGCUUUUCUUCCUGCCGACCAAGGAGGAAAAAGCCAGAAGGCAAAGAUCGGAUCUGCACCGGUUAUACCUCCAGGUAUGGCGGAGCUCGAUGGGGUAGAAUUUAUCUUUCUGAUGCCGUCGGCGGAUGAAGAGGAGAGAUUGGCCCAGUUCCGAUAUUGGAUGGGGACGUGGUUGAAGGGAAACUUGGCCAAUCGGACUAUCAGGCCUAGUCCGGAGCCCACAGUUCUGGGAAAGGGGUUGGGGGCUAUUAAUGCUGGCUUGGAUAUGCUACUCCGCGGGGUGAGUUGUACAAAGCUAGUUGUUGAGAUUGCGGAGUGA